CUUUCAGUUGGGGGAAUUACAAUGACAGAAAACAAGUGUAUGUGUAGGGAAAGAGAAGAAUUAUUUCUUAUCAUACCCAUUUUGCAACAGAUUUCCAUCAGAUGUGUUCACUGCUACUGCUUCCUAAUCCACAGCAGGAUUUGAAAACUUUGGGAAACUCGUGAAAAUUAAAUCUGCCCUGUGGAACCGCAUCUCCAGUGGAAAAAAUCAAAUAAAGGAUGGAUGAUGCUUUCUCCAAAUAUCUCCAGGGAUUUGACUGAUUGCUCCGAGUUUGGAAACAGCUCCUGUCCUGAGAGCUCUAGGGCGCCGGGAGUGCGAGGGCUGGCCAUUUAUCUGGCCUGUGCCUCGGGCAUGCUGGUCACAGUGGUGGGGAACCUGCUUGUCAUCAUUGUUGUUUCCCAUUUCAAAGCUCUGCACACCCCCACCAACCUCCUGCUCCUCUCCCUCGCCCUUGCUGACCUCCUCCUGGGGCUGACCGUGCUGCCUUUUAGCACCAUCCGGUCCGUAGAGAGCUGCUGGUAUUUUGGAGAUGACUUCUGUAGGUUGCACACCUUUCUGGACACCCUCUUUUCCAUCGAAGGAGGCCUGGGCCAUUUUUUGGAAGAGGUGCCCUGCGUUGGUAGCUGUCAGCUGCUCUUCAACAAACUCUGGGGGUGGUUGAACUUCCCGGUGUUCUUCUUCCCUUGCCUCGUAGGAGCAUCCAAGAGGGAAAGGAAAGCAGCAAAGACCCUGAGGGUAGCUGUAGGAGUCUACCUCCUGUGCUGGCUGCCCUUCACUAUUGACACUAUGGUAGACAGUCUUCUGGAUUUCAUUACCCCCCCAGUUUUGUUUGACAUCCUGAUUUGGUUGGCUUACUUCAAUUCUGCCUGCAAACCCUUGAUCUAUGUGUUUUCCUACCGUUGGUUCAGGAAAGCUGUGAAACUAGUCUUAACUCGUGGGAUCUUUUGUUCCAGGACAUCUACGGUAGACUUGUACCAGGAAUGA